AUGGCUGGAUCAGGAGGCAAAACACUUGGCAACUCAUGCAUUCUCCUCAUAGUGAUUGCUGGUAUGGAGAGAUUUGCAUACAAGGGAGUGGCAUCCAAUCUAGUAACUUAUCUAACUGAUGUUAUGAAAAUGAGCAACUCUGCGGCGGCCAAGACGGUUAACAGUUGGUGUGGCUUCACGUCCAUGUUGCCUCUCUUGGUUGCACCUUUUGUUGACUCAUAUUGGGAUCGAUAUCCCACCAUUUUGGCCUCUUCUUUCCUCUAUGUUGCAGGGCUUGUGGCCUUGACAUCAACAGCAUUGACCAGGGCAUCUUCUGCUGCAAACAAAACAAGUUCUAAUUCCUCAUUUCUGUUUUGGUCUCUGUAUUUAAUUUCUCUUGGUCAAGGUGGAUAUAACCCGUCUCUGCAAGCAUUUGGAGCAGAUCAACUGGACAGCGAAGAGGAACUGCCUAGCAGCAAAGAUGAGCAAAAGUCCAACAAAAAGAGCGUGUUCUUUCAAUGGUGGUAUUUUGGUGUUUGCAGUGGCAGCCUCCUGGGUAUCACUCUCAUGUCCUACAUUCAAGACACUUUUGGUUGGAUUCUGGGUUUUGCAAUCCCCAUGAUAUCGAUGGUUACGUCUGUCGUGGUGUUCUCUUGUGGAAGCCGAAUCUAUACUUACAGAGAGAGCGAGGCCAUGGACUAUAAGCCUAUUGGCAACAUGGUUCAAAGCAUCAAGGCAACUGCAUUAAAACUAAUGAAUCGCAGAAUCACAUUACCAAAUAAAAGUGAUGUUACUGAGCUAGAGCUUCAAGAGAAACCGCUUUGUCAUCAAAAUUUCAGCACCAAUGAGGGGUUGGUUGAGAAUCCCAAAAGCGGCUUCUAUGUGCUUGAAAAUGCUAAAGUGCUGCUGAGGCUUCUGCCCAUCUGGAUAAUGCUUUUGAUGUUUGCAGUGAUUUUCCAACAGCCUCCCACAUUCUUUACCAAACAAGGCAUGACCAUGAAGAGAAACAUUGGAAGCCAAUUCAAGAUCCCACCAGCAACUCUACAGAGUGUCAUCACUCUUUCCAUAAUCCUCUUGAUGCCUCUCUACGACAAAAUUAUGAUCCCGAUUACGCGACUGGUUACUUGUCACGAAAAGGGUAUCACAGUGAUGCAGAGGAUGGGGAUUGGGAUGUUCAUUUCAGUCAUAGCAAUGGCCAGUGCAGCAGUUGUGGAAACAAGAAGGCUCCGCAUCAGCAGAGAAAUGGAAGCUCUGGGAGCUCAUUCUGAGACGGUCCCGUUUAGCAUCUUUUGGCUGCUGCCUCAGUACAUUCUUUUGGGAAUUUCAGACAUCUUCACUGUUGUUGGAAUGCAAGAGUUUUUUUACUCAGAAGUUCCCGUAAGAAUGAGAACCAUGGCCUUUGCGCUGUACACUAGUGUUUUCGGGGUGGGAAGCUACUUGAGCAGCCUUUUGAUUGCGACCGUUGAGGCGGUUACAAGUUCGAACGGAAGGCAGAGCUGGUUCUCUGAUGACAUGAGUGAAGCUCGGCUAGACAAAUACUACUGGUUUUUGGCCUCAUUGAGUGUUUUGAGCUUUCUCCUUUAUGUACUUUUGUCUGCGUGUUACAGAAGCAGGAGGGAUUUGGAUUUGGACAAUGAAAACUGUAAAUAA